GUCAACACAGCAGAUCACCAAUCAGUAGAAAGAGCCAAUGAUGUUGGCUUUGUCAUGUGAUCAGCUGUGUCCAAUCACAGCUGAUCACAUCAUUCCUCAGAAGGGACAUCUACACUGAUCAUCAGGGCACUGAUGAUCAGUGUAGCCCCAUCAGUGCCACCUGCCAGUGUCCAUCAAUGCCACCUGCCAGUGUCCAUCAAUGCCACCUAUCAGUGUGCAUCAAUGCCACUUAUCAGUGUCCAUCAAUGCCACAUAUCAGUGCCUACCAGCGCACAUCAAUGCCACAUAUCAGUG